AUGUCCAUAGAAAUCUUAAACACAGUAUCUUCAAUAAUAUUCACUUCAACACUUCAAGGAGAAUUUCCAGUAAAAAUUAUUCGCAAAAUUUUGGCAUAUCUAAAUACAAAAAAGUAUGAAACCAAUACCUUAUUUAAUCAAUUAAAAAAAUCAAAAAAAAAUAAAGAAUAUUUUGUACUGCUUGGAUUUUUUCAUGAAUAUGGAAUCGGAACGAAAAUUGAUCCUAUUGCGGCAUUUCAAUAUUACAAGGCAGCUAACGCUGGGCAUGCCGGUGCGCUGAUUGAAUUGGCUAGAUGUUAUUCCGAGGGACGUGGAACACGACAAAAUCAUCGAAAAGGUUUUCUUGCUUGGAGAAUUUUGGCAAGCUCUAAAAGUAUAGGCGCGUAUCCUUGGUUGGCGUCAGCAUAUGAAGCUGGUUGGGGAACGAUGAAAGAUAGGCAUGAAGCUAUAAAGUG